UCCUCAUCGAUGAGGCGUGUUUUCGUGGAAAUAUGUUGCAGUACGACGUGCGUCUGUGUCUGUGAAACGCGAAAAAGUCUAAAUUGACGACGAUUUACGAAUUACGGUCCUGCCGUUUCGCUUUUCGAUGCCGUCAGUUUAUCUUCCGCUGUUCUCRAUCGCAACGUUGACGCUUGCAGUGUCCGCGCCRCAGCCGCAGUGUCCGAUUGAUGUCGAAACUAGUCGGUUGUAGAUUACGGUGGUACUCGUAUGUUCGUGUCCGUUUUAGGUUUUGAUAUAUUUUUCGAAUUUUUUUCUACACGACAUGUUGCAGACGUAUGUUCCCGGCACACAAUGUUGCAUACAAACUCAAUAAAAGUAUGUAAUGCAUAUAUUUUGUAUUCUGUACUUUAAAUUCGUUAUAAUACAUUGUUAACCAUACGUGUUUAGUUAGCCACGUUUCCUGCCUGGGUUAUUCCAUUGUGGGGGUAUUGUAGAAUUAUUUAACCGCAUCACCAUGGAGGACGGUGGUGUGGAUCAAAAAGCCAACGAUGCGCAGUCUGACGUAAAACAAAACUGUGUAGAAAAUAUCAAUUCUAUACAACCACCUUCGAGUGAUAACUGUGUAGCCAAAAAGACAUCAUUUGAAAUCACUAGUAUCACAGAACCAAAUAAUGAUGACAAUGAUGAMGAUUCCCCUGACACCGAGUCACAUGUUCACGAUCACAGAACAGUAGAUAACAGGCACGAAGCUGAAUUGCAAAAUUAUGCUGACAACAUGGUUGUGUACAAUACGUCUAAUGAUCUAGGCAGUUCUGCACCAGUCAUACCGACUAGCUCACAAUAUGGUCUGGCUAUUGUUGAUAAUUCAGAUGGUGGCCAUUCUUUAGGUUCCAUUAAAAAUGAAGAAAUGCAUGGUGUCGAUGCUAAUUCACAAAAGAAUGAGUGUGAUUUAAAUGGUCUUCAAAACAAAAAUAGAAAUGAGAGGUUUAAAGUUGUGAAAAUUGAAAGUACAGAACCAUUUAAACGUGGUCGUUGGGUGUGUAUGGACUUUUUAGAUCAUUCAAUGAAUCAACAACAAUCAGGUAACAAUAAAAUAAUCAUGGUAAAUGGUGAUAACAAGGCUUUUUCUCAGGCAAAUGACUUAGAUACAAAUGAGCCAUUGGACAAUGGCCAUCAUGAAAAUCCAGAGUUUAGAGUCUGUACUAAUAAUGUCAGUACUUACACCAGUAAUUGUAAUAACUCAGAUAAUUAUAAAAAUCCAACUUCUACUUACAAUAUUGUAUCGUCUGGUGUAACUACUCCUAUCCAUAGUGCCUGUGUGUCUCCUGGUCAAAGCUUACAGACUAAUAUGCAAGUUCCGGUUUUAUCAAGUCAGCCAAUUUCAACUUCUGUACAGGCACCACAGCCACAAAGUCUUACCCAAGUUCAGUUAUCAACCCAGCAUAAUAAUAUCAAUCAAAAUUGUAUACCACAUUCCAGCUUACAGUCUCAGCAGAUACAACAAGUAAUUGCAAACGCCGGAGUUAUGCAAUCUCAGUUACAACAAACCCAACCAGUUAUUAAUGUUAUGCAAAAUCAAAACUCAUCAAUACAACCACAGUCUAUUCAACAUAUAAACUCUGUGGAUCAGAAUGUCACUCAAACAAUGCCACAACAAUAUCAAUCUAUGUCACAGGCAAAUUUACAACAACAAAUUUUGCAACAUAACAUGCCAGCACAGUUUCAAAAAUCAUUUGUACAACAAAAUCAAUCUGUCUUACCUAACUGUGCACCUAUCCAGCAAUCAGUAAACCAAAUGAUUAAUCAACAAGUUCCUCAAUAUUACAACUCCCCACCAGUCCAGUCACAAAAUGUUACUUCUGAAUCUUCAACCACGGUGUCUAUGUCUAAUCAACAUAUUGGUCAACAGCAAUUUCAGUCAAUACCUAUUCAAAAUCAACCAUUGCAAAAUCAUGUACAAAUUCAACAAAACCAACAACAGUUGUCAGCUCCUGUGCAACAAAUGCAACAACAGCCUAGCCCGCAGCAAAAUAUGGUACAACAAAAUCAAAUGCAAUCUCAAAUGGUCCAACAAAAUCAGCAAUUAUCUCAUCAGUCAACCAUUUCUCAGCCUAGUCAACCUCAACAAACCCAGUCUGUUCCUCAACAAAGUCAGCAAAUGCCUCAGCAACAUAUCCAGCAGCCUCAACAAACACCACAAGCCCAACAGACACAUGUCCAGCAAGUAUCUUCUUCACAGCAACAACAACAACAACAACAACAACAACAAGCACCUCAACAAAUGCAACAAGUUGGACAACAGUUACAAGGACCACAAGGUUCACAAAUCCAGCAGCAAUUGCCUCAGCAAACUCAUCAUAUUAAUCAACUUACUCAAAUUAGCAAUCAACCGCAGCAAAUGCCUCAGUCAAAUCAAAUGCAACAAAUAGCUCAAAGUCAACAAAUUUCACAUCAACCUCAACAAAUUACACUACAGAGCCAACAGAUUCCCCUACAAACACAAUUACAACAUUCUAAGCAAAUGCAAACAACUCAAAUUCAGCCUCAGUCUCAACAGAUUCCUCAACAACAGCAGAUUCCUCAACAACAACAGAUUAGUCAGAGUCAAAUAAUUCAUCAAAAUAAUCCACAAAUAAAUCAUACAGGACAGAUGAUUCCUCAGCAAACUCUUAAUCAAGGGCAGCAGUUAAAUCAACAAAACCAACAAGUUCAACAGCAACAACAACAACAACCUCAACAACAAAUACAACAGCAAUUAGCCCAAACUAGCCAACCUAGUCAACCAAUGUCUCAACAAAUUCUACAACCAAAUCAAAGUAUGUCUCAACAAAGUCAAGUUUUAAAUCAGCAGCUGGGAAUAAGUCAAUCAAAUUCCCAAAUGUCUGUACCUCAAUCUCAAAAUCAACAAGUAAUUCAACCACAACAGCCACAACACAUGCAACAAGCUGGGCAACAAUAUCAACAAACUCAACAAAUGAUGCAGUCUCAGCCACAAUUGCCAAUGCAAAAUAAUCAACCCAUCAUGCAUCAACCAAGUUAUUCACAGGCUCAAAGUUUAAACGCUAUGCAACUUCAGCAAGCUGUAAUGCAAAUUCCGACUAACACUGUUACGUCUACUCAAAUGCAUAUACAGCAGCAACAGCCAGUGGGUCAGUCUAAUAUGAUGCAGCAACCACAAAUUACCGUUAUACCACAAAAUACUAUACAACCAAUUCCUAUGUCCCAACAACAAAUGACAUAUUCACUACAACAACAUGUGCCUAUUAACCCAAACUAUGCUAAUGGUAUKCAAAAUUGUUACAUUCCUUCCCAACAACAAAUGGCACCAUACAAACCUUCAAUGAAAACUGUAGAAAUAAAAAAAAAAGAAGACAAUAAUGCUGAAGAUGUUGAUAAUGGAACCAAUAAUAGUGCAACUACUACUGUAGCUAUCGAUAACAAAAUUGAACAAGCUAUGGAUUUGGUCAAAAGCCAUCUUAUGUAUGCUGUGCGUGAAGAAGUAGAAGUAUUAAAAGAGAAGAUUGCAGAGCUAAUGGAUAAAGUUGGACUACUAGAAACAGAAAACUCUAAUCUUAGGAUGCUUGUACCACCAGACAUGUUAGAGCAAUACAACCGCGAAAAACAAAAAUCUACAAACGGUCAGUCUACUCAUAAUCAAUAGACUUAAGUUUUAACUACUUGGUAAAUAAUAAAAGAGUAAUAUGUUAGGCCAAAUAAUGUAAAAACAGUGAAGUGUACAGAUUGUUGUUGAUCUUUAUUAGUUUGAUUUGUACAGUGUAAUAUUAGUAAAGACUUUGAGUUUAAUCAUUUUAUUUUAAUAGCUAACUAUGUAGCUAGGUAUGUACUUUUAUAUUUUUUUGAAUAUGAUGAUAUUUAAAAUCAAAUAGGCCCAAAGUUAAAAAUAGUCUAAUGUUGAGUAUUUUAGAUUAUGAAUGGAAGCAAGGACACUGUUAAACUAUAUUUUGUUCAUUUAUACUUUUCAUAAAAUAUUGAUAAUUUGUUUUUCAAUGUAUUUAUUAUUAAGAC